UCAGGAGAAGUUUAGAAUGAAGUUUCUUCUGUUACUGGUCCUGCAGGCGGCUGUCUCUGGAGCUGUUCCCCUGACUAACAACACAGGCCCAGGCGAAAGUGAUGUGGUGUUUGCGCAAAGGUACUUGGUAGACUUUUAUGGCCUUGAAAUGGAGACAAUUCCAACUGCAAAAAUGAAGGUCAAUAGGAACUUCAUGGAGGAUAAAAUUCAGGAAAUGCAGCAGUUCUUGGGGCUAAAAGUGACUGGGAAAUUGGACCCAUCUACUCUUGACAUGAUGCACAGACCUCGAUGUGGAGUGCCCGAUGUUCGUAAUUUCAGGGUAAUGCAAGGGAGGCCAGUAUGGAAGAAACGUUUUCUCACCUACAGAAUCAACAAUUAUACUCCAGACAUGAGGCCUGAGGAUGUUGACUAUGCCAUCCAGAAAGCUUUUCAAGUGUGGAGUGAUGUGACUCCACUGAAGUUCAAAAAGAUUAACGCAGGCGAGGCUGACAUUAUGAUACAAUUUGCAUAUGGAGCUCAUGGAGACUACAGUCCUUUUGAUGGUAGAAAUGGAAUUCUAGCCCAUGCUUUUGGACCUGGACCUGGUAUUGGAGGAGACACACAUUUUGAUGAGGCUGAAAUCUGGACUAAAAGCUAUAAAGGCACAAACUUGUUUCUAGUUGCUGUUCAUGAGCUUGGCCAUUCCUUGGGUCUUGACCAUUCUAAUGACCCAAGCGCCAUAAUGUUCCCCACCUACAGUUAUGUUGACCACAACACAUUUCACCUCUCUGCUGAUGAUAUACGUGGCAUUCAGUAUCUCUACGGACGUCCAGAAAAGCGUCAACCCUCAUCAAAUCCCGACAAUAGAGACCCAACUAUCUGUGAUCCCAAUAUGAGUUUUGAUGCUAUCACUACAGUGGGAGAUAAAAUCUUUUACUUUAAAGACAGGUUCUUCUGGUGGAAGCUUCCUGAGAAUCCAGAGAUCAGUGUUAGUUUAAUUUCUUCUUUAUGGCCAACCUUACCUUCUGGCAUUCAAGCUGCUUAUGAAAUUGGAGCCAGAAAUGAUGUUUUUCUUUUUAAAGAUGAUAAGUAUUGGUUGAUCAGCAACUUAAGACCACAGUCAGAUUAUCCCAGGAGCAUACGUUCUUUGGGCUUCCCCUACUCUGUGAAAAAAAUUGAUGCAGCUGUUUUUAACCCACUUCUCUAUAAGACCUACUUCUUUGUAGAUAACCAAUAUUGGAGGUAUGACGAGAGGAGACAAUUCAUGGACCCUGGUUAUCCCAAAUAUACUACCACAUACUUCCAGGGAAUUGGACCUAAAAUUGAUGCCGUCUUCUAUUAUAACAGACACUACUAUUUCUUCCAAGGAUCCUACAUGCUUGAAUAUGAUGUCAUAUACAAUCGUGUCACCAAAAUGCUGAAAAGCAAUACUGAGUUUGGUUGUUAGGAAUGGUAUAAUUAAUAGUGUUUGUCAAUUCAUUUCAGUUUAAUAAGUAUUUAUUUCAUACUUGCUAUGUGCCCAGUGUACCAUUAUAUAGUGAUAUGUAUCAUAAAAUAAGGUAAAAUCUAUAGGUGAUAGAUAAAUGAUUAUAUAGUUAAGUAAUUCUACAAAAUACAUAAGAUUUUUUGAUUUUGAAAAUCCUCAUUGUCAAUUUCUACUUGACUCUACCAUUAAGUUUGAAAAUAGACACCUUUAAAGGCCAAGAGAAUCUUGGUUCCUAACAUCCUUGA